AUGAAUAGCGUGUAUCCCGUGUAUUCAUCGAUCGACGAAUGCACCAACGAAUGCGGCUCAUUCUUUUCAUAUUGCACCGGAAAUUUGCCGACGCUCGUGUGUCAGCUCAACUUUUCCAUUUUCAUUGCUGUCAUUUUUCUCGCCAUUUUUACAGGUGUUUGCAUUCCACUUUCGUGCCUUUUCUGUUGGAUCAACGGCGGAUUCGCGUGGAUGCGACGCGGUACCAGCUCGCUUCCAUUCAUCCGAUCGAAUCGACGGAAUCGACGAGGGACGGGCGGCGCUGAAGAUGAGAGGAGCUCUCUUUACCCAUCGUCUCCACCAACACUCCAACCGCAAACCUCUAAAUCCCGUCAGCCUUCUUCAUUCUCGCUUCCCGCAGUAGAUACAGUAAUCGAGAAGGACCCAUCAAGGCAGGCGAAGCGAUGCCGAAAAAUCACCUUCGAUCUUUCAAUGUCAACACGGGUCAAUGAAUUUUCGCAACUUUAA